AUGGACGACUCGUACAGCAACCCAGUGAAACGUGCCCAAACGUCUUUAAGCGCGCAGACUCAGCCGACGACCUAUCAAGUCAACGUGAGCCGGAAGAAGACGAGGAAAUGGGUCGAGGCCAAGGUCCAGAACUACGACGGCGACGACUGGGGAGCUGAUGAGUACGACCAAGAGUCUGACCAGGAGCCUAUGCCGCCUCCGCCAAUGAACCCUUCGCUGCGCACCUUCUCCGGCACCGACCUGCUACACUCCCGUCACAACACUCCCAGCCCAGCGUCGAGCCUGAGUGCGCUGCCGUCGCUGCGAACACAGGCUCAGCAGCAACAACAGCAGCAACCGGCCGCUGUACCACCGCCAGCCAGCCAGCCACCGCGGGUAGGAGUUUCUUCUCCCGACGUAUCAGACGUCUCGAUUCGCAGCGCCUCGGAGUCCAUUGCCAGCGGCCAUGCUGUAUCACCUCAAUCCGUGACCGCCUCCCAGGGGCGUGACGGCGAUAGCAACCUGUCGCUAGCCGGCAUUGCCCAGCUACCUUCGCAGAUGCAGCAUCAGGACCAGCAACAACAAGCUCCCGGCGGCUAUGAUGUGUCACGGACUUCCAGCUUUGAGCGCUCUAUAAAACCCACGCCUACGCCUCCGGUGGGCGGUCGCUCUCUUUCGCCCCAGAUCUCUGCGCCAUCAGCACCACCUGCAAACCAAACUCCGCCCAUCAUCUACUCGCCCGAUAACUACAGUCGCCUCAACGAUGAUAACGAGCACGAGCCUUUAGCACUGGCUCCUGUUAUACCGCCAAGCAUUGGAGGUGAAGAUUUGUCUGUGUCUGCCCCCAAGCCCCUGUCCGGCGUGGACAGACGUGACACUUGGGAAAGAGACGACGACGAUUCUCUUCAUGCUGACCAGCCCAACACCCAAGCAGCUCGGCUGGAUAUUGAGUCUCAAGCUGGGAUUGACCGCGGGCGAAUGUCUGUUAGUCCCAAGCUGCCGGACCUUGCUCGCAUGUCCGCCUUUGGCGCUGACCUAUUUGCUUCUUCCACGAGCAAAAGCGCGCCUGUUGUUCCUCCGGUGAUUGAAGCUAGCCCAGACAUUCCAAGUACUGUCCAGUCGCGUUGGCAGCCCCCUCCAGCACUGGCCGAAGACGAAGAUCACUCCGAAGCGCCAGGAGGUGCAUCUCUUUCUCAGCCCAACAGCCUGUUUCCUGGCAGGAACAUCCCGGACAUUCCCCCUUUGCGCACCCCAACCCCCCAUGAAACGCAGGCUGCAGAUCCCUUGUUUGACUCGCAAGGCAGCAAAAUCACGCCUACGGAGCCUCUUCAGCCUCGCAAGGGAGAAACAUUGCCUGAUUUGGAUGGGCCUCAACCGUUCCACAGAGUGCAGACUUACAGCACGGCUGAAUCGUCUCCUAUGAAGGACAGUCCGGUGAAGGAGAGUGACGUGCUGAGUGAUGAGAUUAUGCGUACUCUCAGCCCCUCUGGCGCGACCCCUGCCGAGGUCAAGCUUAGCGACGGCCCUCAGCUGCACCCUCCGGAGGACCGCAGCGCUGUUAGAGAGAGCAGCUAUACACUGAUGGACUAUGACAGCUACUGGGCAGACACCGCGGAAGAUUCUGGUCUGGAACAUGAAAGUACGCCGGUGCCGCCGCCCGAGACGGAUCCCGCUCACUCAGCCCAGCCAGGACUGAAGCUGGCCACCAAUCCCACGCCUCCACCACCGGCAGCAACUACGGUUACCUUUGACUCGAUCUUAUCUCCUCAGCAGUCUCAGCAAUUGCUCCAAGAUCAGCCACAACAGCCAGAUGAGCAGCAGCCGCCAUCCUCUCUUAGACGCAGAUUCUCUUGGGAGGCUGAUGAGGAACACCGCACCCCCACACCCACGACUCCGGCUCAGGCGCAGGCAACGGGCGAUGGCUCCUCUGCUUCGGCGCUUCAUCUGAAACCCUUUGAGCCAUCUGUGACGAACUUGGGUAACGAAUCUCGUAGCCAUAGCCCUGUUUCUCAGCUGUCGCAGGCACAGCCGACAGCGACGGGAUCCGGCCUGGGCGCCCUGGCGCUGCAGACAUCUGGCGCUAUGCCAGGACACGAUUCAUCGCUUCCCGAGCCUCCUUCUCCAGUGUCUGUGUCAGUGAAGAGUGACAGACCUUCUACCACUGCCCGCGAACAGGCGCGCUUGUCCAUCGCCGACGAAAAGCUGCUCGCAGAACAGGGUGCCAUCAGUCUGGUAACAGGAACUCCACCUCCGCCCCCGGAAGCUCACCCGGCCGUGUCUUCACCGACUUCUGCAGCAUCCGUGCCGGCCCCACAAGCCCCUGCCCCUAAUCCUAACCCGCAUGCACAGACCAAAGCCAUGAACUUUCGGGAUAUCAUGGCAUUGUCAACGCCCGCAGAGAGGAUCGCGAAGUACAACGAAGCUCGUCAGGCUUUGGCUGCAAGAGACUCGGGCCUUCAGAGCUGGCUUCUUUAUAUGACUACUGAGCAUCCCGAGCUUUCGGCAUCCAUCUCUGCUCCGGGAGGCCACUUGACGUCGCAAGCGACUAACAACGAAACCUCGAGCCAGCAGCAGCCCUAUUACCAGCAGUAUCUCAACGCCAGCUCGCCCAGCACAUCUGGGCCACAAGUCGGAGGUGGUGGAGUUGGCGGUAGCGGAGGCGGUGGUGGCCGCUCGAGGUUGGGUGGACUGUCGAUGCCAUCCCAGAUGUCUGGCAGUGCGUUUGGGCAUUCGGGCAACCAGAUCGGCACCAAGAGCAAGGAGUUCAUGCAUUCAGCUGGAAAGAUGGGCAAGGGACUGUUGAGCAAGGGCAAAAGCAAACUGCGCGGAAGCGGGGACAAGGUCGAUAUCAUUUCUCCGGACCAUCCGACCCCGAACAAAGCACAGCGACGAUCGACCUGGCGGUUUAGCCUCGAACCAAAACCUCGAGAAGACGACGCUGCCCCACAUUCCAGCGAUGACAUCUCCACGACACCGCCACAGCUGCCCGACCCGUCCCCGGUCUCCCCCUUGGAUGCUGCAUCGGGCCCCGGGUCCGCCUUUCCAUGGAGUGUCUCGAAUGACACGCCCGACCCUGACCUGUCAGCUGUGAAGCAGCCUGGCGAUGAACACGUCAGAUCAGGCGAAUUACUAAUCGCCGACGAUUUCCACCAUGGGCCUUAUGCGUCAGCAGAUCAAGGAGAGAACAUGCUCUCCGCUGGCCAAAGACUCUCUGACUUGAGUCCGGAUACCGUGACACCAGAUGAUUGGGUCAUGGUUCAGCAUCAGGGUGAACGGAGCCAGGCCAAGAGAAUGUCCUCAUCUCUCAGAGCAUUGGGGAAUACUAGCCAAUCCCAAAUCCAGAAUCAGCCCCUGGACGGGUCGAGUGCGCCGAAGCGCAACUCGUCCUUUAUCGGCCUACCGCCCAUCAGGAGGGGCUCGACGUUUGGCACAAAAUCAAAGGCACGGAGGGCAUCGGAACGCUUUGCCCUAGACGACGACGAAGACGAGGAUGACGGCAGCCCAGGAGGUGACGGUGCUGACAUUAACGCUCAUCACUUCUCUCCUCCCAGCGCCAUUGAUGCGUCCCAGCAUGCUUCAGAGGCAGUGGCGGGUGCAGGACCGAGAUAUGGCCUGGAACAAACUACCAACGUAGGCCAUCAUCAUCAUCCCCAGCUCCCUCAUUCACAGCAGCCUCAACCGUCUCAGCAGGUAUGGCAGCAGCAGCAAUACAGGCAGCAAUACCCUGGUGGCCAUGGGCCUCAGUUUGUCCCGGCCGCGCCUAUGCUAGGCAGCUUGGUCCAGAAGCUCCCUCCCGCGGGCCCGUGGAAGCUCGAAGAGAGUCACCUGGCCGAGCCGCUUCACCUCACCAAAAAGCGCUCUGGCACAGAUAUCUCUCAGCAGGAUGCCUACUACGGCUACGAGAAGGAGCUUAGCUUGGACCUCCCAGCAGCCCCGGUGCCAGCCCCCCAGGGUCCGCCCGCUCGAUUCCGAAGCGAUGUGCCUCCAUCGUCUGCUCGGCGCUACCCCGAGCUAUUUCAACUAUCCCCGGGGCAAGAUCCACGGCAGCAAAAUCGAGGUCCAGGAUUCCCGCCCCAAAUGCACAACCGUCCGCCUGGAGAGGGAAUGGCUGCUCCGCGACAGCAACAAGGAGGGCCGGAGUCCGACGAACGUGGACGUAGGAGAAGCUCGGGCAUACUCAAGGAGAUUGGAACCCGGCUUGCGAGGGCAACUUCCAGGGAACGCCGAGGCUCUGUUACCGAAGCCAGACGUCCCUCCGUGCAGCUCCGAGGGGAUGAGGUUUCUGAAACUAGUGUAGCCACAGAAGAUACCGCUGAUCGCAGGAAGAAGCGGGCCAGCUUCCUUGGCUUCUCCGGUCGCCCUUCGUCAACUGAACAGGCGAUUCGGACGGAAGAGGACAUGAUUAACCAAGCGCGCCAGCGAGAUACACGAUCCGCCGGGGGCGAGCCGCUGGUUGAUCCUCGCGAAGAGCGUAAGCGCGCCUUCUUUGGUGCUGGACAGUUCAAAAUAGGCCCGGGUCAUUUCUCUCGUGCUUCCACUUCCAACUCCGCCUUUGAGUCAGCCGCUGGUGGUGGUGGUGGUGAUGGCCGAGACGGUGGGGCUGCGCAUAAGAGAAGGAUAUCCGAUAUCGCCAAAGUAUCCGGAAUCACGGGUCUAUUCUCUCGCUCUCGUCAGGAUCGUGCUUCACUGGGGGCAAUGCCCAGGCAGCAGACCGACGAUCGCAGGCAAAACCCCCAGUUUCAAAACCAGGCGUCGACUGUUUCUCGACAAUCCAUUCAACUACCCUCUUUAGAUUUUGCCUCAGAUCGGCUGGGCUCCCUGUCGAGCCUAGGAUUCGAAGAGUCUUUUCAAAACUACGGCCACGGCGAGGACGCUGAGAAGAAGAAGCAGCAGCAACAUGCUUUUGAACAUUCGGCGCAGAAAUCAUUCGGUGAUUCUAAAGCCUUCCCUGCAGCUAGAGGUCAGGAGAGGUUAGCAGCCUCGCCAGGAUUAGCAUCGUCUCAUCUCGCGCCAUCAUCACAGAUGACAGCUCUGGACCCUGGACGACAGAAUGCUCAGAGCCACCAGCCGCCGCUCUCGACCGCAACUCCAGUGGCUCGUGCCAACGUCCCCCAAAUGGGCCCGCAGACCGUGAAGUCUGCUGCUGCAGAAGGCCAGAGGGUUUCUGGAGACAUAGAUUUGGAGUCACCCAAGUUCCAAGUAGACUCCAUGACGGAACAAAAGACUCCUAGGCCUCGAGACUUCAACUUCCAGGAGAAAAUACCCCCCUUACCUGUUAAGGGGGAUGGUGUGAGCGAAGAAGAUGUUCUGAGAUCACAGACGGUAUCCCCGGAUAUAUCCAUUGUAUCCACCUCCAACAAGACUGAAGAGCAAGCUCCCGUCCAACCUCAUAGCCAUACCCCGGAGCAUGACGAGAUUGUAGAGGGCGUCUUGAUCACCCCUCCUCCUGAGACAUCUCUGCUAGCCUCGGAUGCCGACCUUGCUGCUGGCCGUCCUGUCAUUCACCAUACUGUUUCUAAUGAUGUGCCACCGUCGGUCCACUCUUUCCCAUCUGUUUCUUCUCUCCGCGAGAAAUCCGAUGUCAAGUCCCUUUUGCAGGGAGGAAGCUCUGUGCAUCAGACCGAAGGUAGUGUGGCUCUGUCUCCGGAGCCCUCGCCACAAGUUGCAAAAUCUCAGGUGUCGAGCAAAGCCGCAACGCCAGUUUCUCAACAUCAGCAGCUACAUUCGCCGGCUUUGGCGAGUGCCAAGUUGCCGGAUGCGCAAAAUAUGGAACCGCCAACUACUCCUCGGUCUCACACUAGAUCUGAGUCUCAGCAGCACCUUGUUGACACAGCAGGACGUCGGAAUUUCCCUACCUCGUCAUCGCCCCUGCUUGCGGGUACACAGGCAUCACAGCAAUUGCGGCCUCAAUAUCCGCCUUCGGUGAGCAUGUCUAAUGCGUCCGUUGCUUCAGAGGCGUCGACACCAGUGUAUCCAGUCCAAUCCGGGCCGCAACACCUUGCCCCAGGAUUUCCUGGGCCGUUCGGGCGAGCAUCUACAGAAACCCCAGAGGCUGCAGCUCAUCAGAAAGAUGGCCAAGCAUCACGUUGGAAAGGACUCAGGAAUCGAGUGACGGAGCAAAUCUCCCAAAGAACCCAGCAGCAGCAGCAGCAGCAAUAUCCACAGCAACAGGGCCUGAUCCUUGGCCAGAACAAGACUGCUGUGGCGGACAAGAUCAGGGGCAACAAGUUGCUGGGCGCUCUCAGGCGAACGUCCAAACAGGUGGAGAGUACUCAAAAUCAGGGGAGCGUUCAACCAUCUCCCAGGCAGCUUCAAAAUCUGAGCUCCCAGCCUCAUCCUCAAGGAUAUCAGCAGCAGGCAGGACAAUUACAGGGACCACAGCCUAAUGCUAUGCCUGCCAAUGGCCAUUACCUGCAGGCAUCUGGGCCGCCGCCCAAUCUUCCCAGAGCCAAAACGAUGCCUCCUGGGCCUCCACAGCAGAGUGCACCGCCUCGAAAUCAGACUCGCUCAUCAGAGCCGCUUUAUGAGACCGUACCUAUCCCUAGGGGAUAUGCGGCGGUACAUGGCGAGGGCACCAUGAUUCCAUCGCCGUACCACCAGAACCUUCGGCGCCAAAUGCCGCACGGCCAGUUUGCUCCCCUACCACAGCAACACCCUCAUCUUCAUCCACGUGUACAGCAACAGCAGCAAUGGCAGGGUGGACAUCCUCCUCUCAUGUCCCACUACCCGCCUCAGCCCAUCCAGUCGUUACCCCCUCGAAUGACUCAAGGCCCAGUGUCAGCACCUUUGCCAAACGAGAGGUCAGUUCAUAUGAGGGCUCCAUCUGAUUCACGGGCCGACUAUCAUGAUGCCCGUAGCACCCAUACUUCCAAUACGCAGUUGAGUCAGCACAACAGGAACAGCUCUCAAGAUAGUCGCACCAACAGAGAUGAGCCAAGGCCCACUAGUGGCCUGGGCAGCAACCUUGGGAUCUCGCAUCCAGGAACACCCCAGCCGUCAGAAACUGGAAAUCUGUCUGUUGCCGAUGGCACUCGAUCUGCCCCACGAAGUCCAGCUGUGUCAGUCGGAGUCGAUCAGAAGCCUGGCAUGAAGCUCGAGCCCAAGACGGAUGUGACAGCUGAGCCGGCUGCAGCAUCGAAUCUUGGCAUAGAUGUAGAGAAAGCUCGGCAAUUGGUGGAGGAUAACCUUUACGAUGCUACGCCCAAGGUAGUGCCCAGCGGUACCGAGAACAGCCACGAGGCAUCAGGCGUUUCUCAAAUAGUGUCAAAGGAAGAGGCAGAAAGCUCGAGAGAGGCAGAGACCAAGACAGGCGUCACGCCUGUCAGCACCGGUGUGGUAGCUGAACUGGAAGACACUGAAGAAGCACGAAAGCGAGCCAUCAGACUCGCAUCACAGGAGGAGAAGAUUUACUACGAGCCAGAGGACUUCGAGCCCAAGAUGAGCGCGACGAGCUAUCCCGGACAAGAAUGGAAUCCGUUCGGCGAGCCGGAAUUUGCAGAUUGGAAGGAAGAUUGA